AUCAUAUCCGUAUAAUGGCUUGUCUGUAUAAUGGUUCUAUAUACUUAUGUUCAUUGGACACUCCAAAAGAGAUAAAAAGAAUACAAAACAGAACCAAGCAGGAAAAAAUAUUUUGUGCUUGGGGUUACAAAUUUGAACAAUAUUUAUUGUCAGACCUUCCUGGUCAAUUGCCGGAUAUUGACAGGCCAGUCAUAGAAAAUGAGGAGUUCUCUCUUUACUACCAGUCCUCUCUAGGGAAACACCAACUCCUUUAUGGUGCUCAAAUAGAUGGUCUUCUGGCUACAGACAAAGUACCACCUCCACCUGACACCAAUGACUUUCAAACAAAUUUAAAUUACCUUAGAAGUAACCAGUAUAUUGAACUAAAAACUAAUAGAGAAAUACGAACACCAAACCAGGAACAAAAUUUCAAGAAAUACAAACUGUUGAGAUGUUGGUGUCAGUGCUACUUAGCUGGUUUAAAAGGUUUACUCGUAGGAUUUAGAGAUGACAAAGGAAUAGUAAGGAGAUUGCAAUGUUACAAUACUGAUGACAUUGCUGCAUAUUGUGAGAAUGAAUGGCAACCUGAAAAGGCUUUAAAAUAUCUGGACGAUUUUUUAACUUUCAUUGAAACCAGUUUCAAGGAUAAACUUGAAGAAACCAAAAGUAAUGAUCAGGAGCCACUUCAUCUUCAAUUUGAUGACUAUGGAAAUAACUCUAUUAGGGUCAUUCCACAAAAAUAUGUCAACUCUCAGUCCGCGCCACAUUUCACAUGGAAUAUUUGUUAA